AUGAAAAACAGAACUCUUGUUUUGGUGCUGUUAGUUUGCGCUGCAGUGUAAGUAUUAGGGGAACCAGUUGUUGUCUCCUAAUCCUUCACAGGAAAUGAUUUUGCUGAUGCUGAUGGUAAUAUUAUUUAUUAAUGAUUUAGGUUGGGUAACUGCUGGAGGACCAGCCCAUGUUACAGAGUGCAGUGGUACAAAGAUGUUCGGAGGUUUUGGAAAGUUUGGUGCCAAGGCCGUAGCAAGUAAAGUUUUUGAACUUCCCCCACAUUCAUUGAUUAAUUUGAAGCUCCAAUUUUGGAAGUAUGAUACAUUAAUAAACGCUUAGGAUCGACUCAUGGGACAAUGAAGAAGGAUAUAUCUUUGUUGAUGAUUAACUUGUCUGGUCAAGAAAAUUCUAAUACAAUGAAGGUGAUGGUCAAAAAUGUGGUUAAGGUGGUGAUUGGAAAGAAAUGCUUGUCAAUCUCAACUUGAACAUUAAACACACUGGUCCAACAGCAGUUGUUGUUAUCACAUCAAACUUGAAUGAAGCUGCCGAUAAUGUAAUAUAAUAAUAUUUACAUAUUUAGGAAUCAUGGGCCUUCAGAGACUUCGUUAUAUCAGUAGAAAAAUGCCCAAAUGGAUGUUCUGCUUGUUAAGUUGAUGAUAAAUCAGAAAACUGUAAUUUCUGGUAAUCAUUUACUUCAAGUUGGGGUGCUUUAGAUGCUAACUAAUUAGGUGCCGAUGGUUGGGAUGUUGCUGGUGGAGCCUCAUCUGCUACAUAAUGUGGAGGUAUUAUAAUAUAUUAACAAAUUUAGCUGCUGCUUUGUUUGGAGGUUUUGAUAAGACAGGUGCUAGAACAGUCAUCAGUAAAGUUAUUAAAUUCAAACCCCAUUACAAGCUUAAGAUUAAGGUUCUUUGGGCUAAGAUUGACUCUUGGGAUAAUGAAGCUGCUUAAAUCAAAGUUGAUGGAAAAUUAGUUUGGGAAAGAAGAUUCUAAUGGCAUGAGGGUUACUUUGGUAAGAUCUGUGGUUGCCCAGUAUUUGAAUGGAAAACAAUGUUUGCUAGAACUGAAGUCGAUGUUGAUCAUACUGGUGAAUAAGCUAAAGUUGAAUUCACAUCAACACUUGAUGAAGCACCAAAUAAUGAAUCAUUUGGUUUGAGAGAUUUGUAUAUCUUUUAUGCUGCUUGUUCUGAUAACUGUGCUGAAUGUACAGGACCAAAAGAAUCUGAUUGCAAGAGUAAUUCUAAAUUUAUAAUAAAAUAGAAUGUGCAAACAAUUGGGCUUUAGUUGGAGGUAAAUGUUAAGCCUUACCAAACUUUAUUCUUUUGGAAUAAUCUUUCUUGGAAGAUAAAUUCACAGGAAUUAAUGGUUGGGUUCUUAACAAAAAUAAAGCUGGAAGAACUAUCAAUGAAUGCGGAGGUAAAUCAAUGGUUGGAGGUUAUGAUAUUAUGGGUGUUGGUGCUAGUGCUACUAAAACAUUCGAUAUUCCACCACACAAAAGACUUAGAUUGUAAUCAACAAUCUACAAAAUUGAUUCUUGGGAUGGAGAAUUCAUGAUCAUUAAGGUUGACGGAACUGAUGUAUGGAAAACAUCUUGGAAUCUUUAAACUGGAGGUGCCAACUUCUGUGGAUGGGGUGUCUUUUUCGAUGGUAUUGUUGGUGUUGAUGAAAUAUUCAAUCAUCAAGCUCCAAAGGCUGAAGUUGUCUUCACAUCUACCUUGGAUCAAGAUGCUGCUGAUGGUAAAUAUAGUAUUAAUAACAUUAUAGAAUCAUGGGGUUUCAGAGACUUCAAAUUAUGGUAUGAACCAAAGGAAGCAUGUGCAGUUUUCUAUAGUGAAUGUGACUACAAGGGAGCUUCAUUUGAAUUCUGCUCUAAAUCACCAAACUUCUAAAAUGACAACAUUCCACCAUAAAUUAGAUCUAUCAAGGUUCCACCAUAAGGAAGAGUUACCUUAUAUGAGAGCACCGAUUAUAAUGGAAAGAAGGUUACUUAUACCUCAGAUCAAGCUUGUAUCCAAAACUUUGAUGUAAUUAUUUUAAUUAUAUUAAAUUAGUUUGCCCUUAUUUAAAUGAGCGGACAUGUUGAAGGAGGCUGGGUUGAAGUUUAAUGAUC